CACACUGUUCGCUACACCACCGUACAGCAUUGACACCAUGGCCUCACGACUGGCAAAAGGCGCACUGGGCGCCGUUCGCGCUCGUCCCAGUCUCCCUCUCCGCACCGCAUUCCCGGCCAUCACCACCACCUUCUCGACCUCUGCCACGCGCUUCGAGGCCGCUCCGCCCGCCAAGGACCCCAAGAGCACGGCGACUGCCAUUGUCGACUCACUGCCUGGCAACAGCCUCGCCUCCAAGACAGCCAUUCUCUCUGCCGGUGCCGCGAUGUCCGUGGCUGCCAUUAGCAAUGAGCUUUACGUCGUCAACGAGGAAUCGAUUGUUAUGCUCUCGCUCCUUACCAUCUACUGGGCUGUCUACACAUAUGUCGGCCCCAUGUACGGAGAGUGGGCGCAGGGACAGCACGACAAGAUCAAGGGCAUUCUGAACGCUGCACGUGCCGACCACACCAAUGCAGUCAAGGCCCGCAUUAGCAAUGUUCAGGACCUCAGCGGCGUCAUUGAUGUGACCAAGGACCUGUUCGCAGUCUCCAAGGAAACCGCCCAGCUUGAGGCCCAGGCCUACGAGCUCGAGCAGAAGACUGCUAUUGCCGCUGAGGCCAAGUCCGUCCUUGACUCGUGGGUUCGCUACGAAGGUCAGGUCAAAGCCCGACAACAGAAGGAGUUGGCCGACUCUGUUAUUGCCAAGAUCGACAAGUCAUUAUCAGACCCCAAGGUUCUCGACCAGAUCCUCAAGCAGAGUGUCGCCGAUGUUGAGCGCAUUUUGUCGCAGAAGCAAUAGACGUCGGUGGAGAGAGAACCGUUGGAACCAGCCGGGUAAGCUGGCCAUAAUGGCCACUGGUCCAACCUGUACAUAUAUCUGUUGAACGCCCUUCAACAAUAUCUAGUCAUCUGGGGCAAGUCGUUGAAAGAAACGAGUGAUAAAUUUCUUUUGUUGUGCUCGAGCUUUACCAACUCUUACUCAGCUACUGCUACGCCUCGCAUGUGUUACGUCCGCCACCGAUUUGGGCGACAGUUUGUCAUGCGACGCACAAAGUGCUUGCUGACCAUCUAUGAA